AUGGCGGCAUCACCAACAACCUUACCAUUUCCAUAUUAUCGUAGCAAUACAACUUGCAGUCGUUAUUGUUCACACUCCUUAACAAAUACAUUCGCUGACGGACGACGUGGGAAUUUGCGAAUAUACGUAGCAACACCACUACACUUACGCAAACCACGCACCCACAUCCUAGCGAACCCACUUCCGACAUGCCAACCACAAAAAUGCCUAAAUUCAACACCGAAAACAAAACAUCAAGCCGUCCCUCUGGGUGACCCGACCAACGUGAGGCGAUAUGAAAUUGCUUACACUAUGCGGCACGGGCCGCAUAAUCAUCGAAAACCAAUCUGA